CGGCCGCCCCGGGGUCUCCAGCUGGAGGCCGCGCCAGCCUCAUCCCACUCGCUCCCCAGCAGCUAGGGGCGCAGGAACCGCUCGGCCUCGAGUCUGAGCUCCCUGCAACCGGGGGGCUCCCGGGCCACCCACACUCCCCGCCCCGUGCGUCUGCCCGCACGUCCGCACGUCUCGGGCUGUAACUUGAGGAAGUUUUUUCCUUUCCUUUUUUUUUUUUUUUCUUUUUUUUUUUUUUUUUAAGUUGAGUUUGUUAUCACUGCUCGGUGCCACUUGGUGGUGUACUGGCGGCGUCUCCCUCCCUCCUCGCGCCCCUCCCCUCCGUUCCUCCGCUCCCUCGGCUCCCGCCUCCCCGCCCUCCCCAGGAUGGAGGCAGGAAAGCUCCGGGCGCGCUCCCCUCUGACCACCUACGGAAUGACCUCAGAGCGGGAGAAUGUGCCAAGGCCCGGGGGAAGCUCGCGUGCUCCCCGCUGCAGCCCAACGCACAUCUGGAGCCGCGGCUGGGCCCGGGGGCGCGCGAGCGGUUCCAGCUCUGGCAAUGUCUGUAAAGCUCCAGCACCCCCCUUUCCACGCGGGCACCCCCGCCCGAGCCACAUGGCAGGACGGCUCAGCCUUCUUGGCCGACGCUCGAUGCCCCCCGCCCCGACUUGGGGAGGUGAGUCCUCAGGGACCACUCGGCUCCAGAACCCGGUGUCCCGCGAGACGAAGUUCUCGGGGACACUCUCCAGGACGCGGGGGGGGGGGGCGCGGGGCCGCGACGCAGGUGGGGGAAGAGGGAGGAUCUGGAGGCGUUGCGCUACGGGGAGGAAAGGCACCUUCAUCGCCACCUCCCCUGGGGCUGUUUUCUCGGCCUCCCACGGGAAGAGUCUGGAGCUGCUGAGGAGGGGGAACAGCACGUGUCCCCCUCCCCAUUUCUCUCGCUGCAAGUCCAAGGAAAUAGCUGCGGGCUGCGCCGUUGUGGCUGCAUCCGCCAAGCCAAUUGCCAGAGCUCCCCCUAGCGCCGCUUCGAGGGCGCUGCAGCGGCUGCGGAUGGGAGUGGGCGAGGCCCGGCCGGGGGCGGCGGCGCUGCGGGGGGCGGCGGUGCGCACCCAGUGCAGCGGCGCCGCGGCCCACCCAGCCCUGGCUGGCGGGGGCGGAGCCCGGGAAGCCACAAGCGUCCCGGAUCCACGACCGUGUCAAGGAAGGCACGUGCCUGGUCGCCUUUGUUGGGAACAUGAGGCUGGUCACCGGAAGGGACCGGCAGGGAGCGGGGCCGAAGCCCGCACGGGUCGCCCCCCAUCUUCCCUGAGGAGGUGUGUGGUGGGAGGGUGGGUAGGUGGGUGGCGAGGUGCGAAGUCAAAGCUCUGAAAGCCUCAGGAGCCCCAUCUUAGGGCUCCCCACCCCUUGCCUCUGUGAUGGGCAGGCAGAGGCAGAUGCUCUUCUCAUCUUGUUUAGAAAUGAGAAUAUUUAGGGCCGGACAUGGUGACACACGCCUGUUUUCCCAAGUAUUCCGGAGGGUGAGGCAGGAGGAUUGCUGCCCAGGAGUUCAAGGCCAGCCUGAGCAACACAAGCAUUCGCCUAUCUCCAAAACUCAAAACUCUGCACUGAGAAAUGAGUUUGCCCAGGAUCACACCCUUAAGUGGCCAGUCUCCACCUCCUGCCACUCACAGUGUGGAGGGGAAGAAUCCAACAUUAUGAUGCAUUGUGAUGUGAUGCAAGUGGCAAGUGGCCAGGAAGUGGGGGCUAUGUCCUGCUGCUUCAUCCAGGUCAGGCACUGACUGACAUGGUAGGGGACAACGGCAUGCCUGGCACCUGUUUGGGCGAAAGGUAGGUCUCCUUAGCGCUUGUGCUAAAUGGCAUAUUUGGCUUCAGGUACAGUUAGAUCCAGGUACAGUUAGAUUCAGGUGCAGAGCGGCAGGAUGCUUUCCUCAGUGUCCUUUGCCUUUCUGCCCUGCAUCUGCCCCUCCCACUCUCUGACCACAGACCAGCUUCGGGCUCCCCAGGAGGAAAUGGCCUCUCUCCUGAUUGCUAACUCAAGAAAAUCCCAGGAAAGGACUCUGUCAGGUCCCAAAAGGACCUGGUCCUGUCCCAAGCCUGGGGCCAGGCCUGAGGGGCAAUUGGUAGCCCCCACUGGAAACUCCCAGGCAGAGAAAAGUGCCACUUGUCACACCCCGGGGGGACAUCCGGGAUACCAGUAACACAAUCUGACCACUGUCCAGAUAAAAAGGGCUGCCUACCGGGCAUAGCACACACCUGUAAUUCUAGCACUUGGGAGGCUGAGGCAGGAGGAUCACUGUGAGUUUGAGGCCAGCCUAGACUACAAGGGAAACCUUGUUUCAAAAGAGCCCAGAAUCGCCCCUCCUGCACCCCACUUUUUGGCAUGGUGGUUUCUGGUGCUGGGAUGGAACCCAGGGCCUCAGGCAGGCUUAGGUGGGUGCUCUACCGCUGAGCUGCACCCGUACCCUAUACCCUGUUUUUGUUAAAAAGAUAAACAGGGCAGAAAGCGAGGCUGACGGUGUGCUGGGUGAUAAAGCACCCGUGGAGCUUGUCUGCAGCCCUGAAAAAUCAAAUAUUUAAAACACAAGCUCGGGCUGGGGAUUUAGCUCAGCGGCAUAAGCGCCUGCCUUGCAAGCAGGCAGUCGUGAGUUUGAUCCCUGGUACUGAUAAAAAGGAAAAAGACAAAAAAAAAAAAAAAAAAAAAAAAAAACCACAAGCUCACCCUGGGACUCAGUCUGGCCAUGCCCCUCGUGAGCCCUGAGCCAGCCCUACCUGCCCAUCAUCAGUCACUAGUCACCGCACAAGAUUUGCUGGGGAACCCGGUGGAGGGGCAGCAGGAGAGACACGUGCCCCAGAGCAUUCUCAGCCACUUGGGCGGAAGCCCAGGAGGAAGAGGCCAAGCUCAGCAGAAAGGGCAUGGGCUCAGCCUCCAGAGAGCCCAGCUCAGGUCCUGACUCAGGAGGAGACUUCCCUGGGCCCGGGCUGAGUCACUUCCCCGCUGCCUCAGCUGUGCAGCCAGCGCCAGAGAUCAGAAGUGCUGUCCAGGGCCAGCUCCUGCCCUCCCAGGGUCAGGACCACUCCACCAGGGGCUGCGAGCACAGCUCCACAGCACAGUGCUUCCCGGGUAGAAGGAUUAGGGUGGGGAAGGAGCCAUGGCUUCCAACUCUCUGAUGAUGUGAGGCCCUGUGUCCAACCAGAGUAAGAAAAGCACAGGUGAUGUCAGGUUCCACAGCUGCCUGUAAGUGCCCCGUGUCUGGUUACCCCCGCGCUCAGAGGCUGAGGCAGAAGGAUCUCUACAAGUUCCAGGCCAGCCUGGGCUCCAUAGUGAGUUCAAGGCCAUCCUGAACUACAUAGGGAGAUCCUGACUCAAAAAAAAAAAAAAAAAAAAAAAAAAAAAAGCAUUCUUCCAAUACUGUUUCUUUAGAAAGAGGAACAGUCUGAAGGAGGUGGGACUUUAGAUUUGGUGAGCAGGAAGGUUAACUGCGUGGAGCGGAGUGGAACAAGGUAGUGAUAUCAGUCAGCAUGGGAUCAGUUAUGCUGCAGUAACAAAUUAACCCCCUUUUGGAGGUUUAGCACAACAAAGCAUUCUUUCUUUUCUUUUUUUUUUUCAACAGGGUCUCAUUGUGCAGUUCAGGCUGACCUUCAAUUCACUUUAUAGGCCAGGCUGGUCUCCAGCUUACAACAAUCCUCCUGCUUCAGCCUCCUGAGUGCUGGCGAGCAAGGUGUGCCCCUACACACCCAGGUUAAUGAAGUUUUCUUUUUGUUUUGCUUUGUUUUUUUGAUUUUGGGGUUUUUGAACCAAACUCUCCUACAGUUCCCCAUGGAGUAACAUGGCAAUUUUGGCUACUUCUUUCCUUGUGUUUUUUUGUGUUUUUUUGAGAUAGGGUCUUGCUGUGUGCAGGGUGGUCUUGAAUGUGAACCCAUCCUCCUGCUUCAGCCUCCCAGGUGCUAGGGUUACAGGCCUGUACCUCAGCGCCUCGAUGCUGCAAUGCUUCUGUGUCGAGGCAUCUGGUGAGGAUCCACAGCCCAGCCUAGAAGCCGUUUCCCCUCCACCCACGGGGCCAGGGGAGCCCUGUGCCUGUGCCUGUGCCUGAUUGCAAGAGUGGAGGCUCGGGAGAAGCCGCGCCCAUGAAUGAGCACUGGGGCUCGCUGUGACAUAGGGGAAGAACAUUCUAGGCAGGAUGAAUGGAAAGGGCGAAGACGACCCCCCAGGCCACCACGUGUUCCCAGGUGGCCAAGGCAGCAGGCAAGGGGCAGAGUGGCAGGAGAUGGGGUGACAGAGGAAAGCAGGCUUGGGCCCAGUGGCCUGCAUCCACUGUGGGAGGCAUUAGAGUGUACCCUAAGUGCAUUGUGGGUGAGUCCCAGCCAAGCCAUCCACACACUGGGGUUCGAGUCCCAGCUUUGUCCCUGUGGGACUAAAGUAAGCAGCCUCAGGGUUCCUGGAGAGCAGUGAGCAAUUUAGUUGUGACCCAAGCAGGGGUUUCUAUUGAUGCCUAUCCCCUGCAGGCCCUCAAGAAACCAGCCACCAGCAGUGGUGGCCCAUGCCUGUCAUCCCAGCAUUCAGGAAGCCGAGGCAGAAGGAUUACAGGGAGUUCAAGGCUGGCCUGGGCAACACAGUGAAUUCAAGGCCAACCUAGAACACAUACUGAGACCCUGUCUGGGAAAACAAAACCAUGCAACAGAAGUCUCAGCAGUUACAGACAGCACAGAACUUCCUUCUUUCUGGGCGGUGAAGGAGGUGCUGGAGGGGCAGGGGUAGGAGAAGCCAGCUUGCAGUCUGGCCAGCUGCCCUGACCAGUUCUCCUGGUUGUGUCCAGCCCACUGCAGCAGGCCCCACCUGGGUCAGGAUGAUAUGGGUGCUACAGGGUUUCCCGGCCACCCUCCCUGGGGCACACGCACUUCCCAAGCCCAGCCUGAUUGUUCUAAGCCACAAACCAGCUACAAAUCAGGCGCUGCCACCUUCCAGGUGACCACAGGCUCCCAGUGCCGCCUCUCAGAAGCCCCAGUUCCUCGUCGGCAGAAUAAAGGGGCGCAGGAGAACACCCACUUACGGAGUGAGGUGUCUACAGCUGGGAGCAUGGUACACGGUCCAUGCUCAGGAAGGGACAGCUGUGAUGGUGGCACUGGUCAACUCUGACCAGGGUGGUCCUUUGCCCAAACCCCCAGGACAGUUUUCCCACUGACACUCUCCAGCUGAGCAAAGGGAUGGCCAAGGAGUGAGACCUCGCCAGGGCACAGUGGCACACACCUGUGGUCCCAUUACAGGAGGCUGAGGCAGGAGCGCUAGGCCAGCCCGGGCUGCAUAGUGAACUGAAAGCCAGCCAGAACCUCAUACCAAGACCCCGGCUGAAAAAAUGAAAAUGAACAGAAAAAAUUCAGUGUAAGAAGGGCAGCCCCCAGCAAGGUGUCUGUGCCUCUUCAGGGCCUGGCUGUGGCUGAUCAGAGUUACUGUGUGGGGUUGAUCAGCGCAUUCAGCAUCUGUGCCUGGCAAUGAAUGAAUGAAAGAAAGAGCAGAUGGUAGGAUGGAUGGACAAACUAUUUGUCCAUUCCAGGGAGUGGCUUUCAGAGGAAACUGUUGGUGAGAGGUCUUCCACCUGUCCUCCUACUAGGCCUUCCCCACUCUCCAGCCCACACUGCUGAUCUCUGACUCUUUCCCUUUCCGGUCCCCAUCCUGGCACCCACGUGCGCACGCACACACCUCCUUUCACACCCACUUCAGUCAGCCUGCAGAAGCGGAGAGACUGGGGAAUAAAACUUGCCUUUGUAGGGAAGCAUUCGAGACCCAAGGCAGAUAAAGCAUGUGACCUGUAGCAGAACACAACCAUGCGGGGAGGGACUGCUAGACUAGGUGACCUACAGACAUUCCAGCACCAUGAUGGACAGGCCCAACUUCACUUUGUUUUGCUUUGUUUUUUGAGACGGGGUCUCGCCGUGUAGUUUAGGCUGACCUUGAACUCCCUUUGUCACCCAGUCUGGCCUUAAACUCCCUGCGAUCCUCCUGCCUCAGCCUCCAGAGUACUGGGAGAUUACAGGUUUGCACUACCACAGCCCCGACAGACCCAAGAUUCUUUCUGAAAGGAACCAGGGCAUCUGGAUCUGAGGGCCAGGUUGUCUGCUCCACAGGCCUCAUCGAGUUCCAGCCUCAGAAAUGCAACUCAAGCCCCCUCAGACAAAGGGGUCUUAUUUUUUGACUCAGAAAUUAGGAGGUCUCCAGGCCUUUAGCUUGGGCACAGCUGGACGCCAAGGCCCCAUGAUCUCAUCUGGGCUUGUUUGCUCUCUCUCUUGGACUUUCCCUAUCUUCUUGGCCUCUUUUUAGGUUUUCUGUGGCUUCAAGGAGACCAGCCAGAGGCAGUGCUCUUGCACGUGGCUAUGUUCAAAUCAUAUGCUCCGGGUUUAACGCCUUGCAGCUACCCUCAUGAAAUCCAUAAUUGUUUUAUCUUUGAAUCUGUUUUGGACACGAAGUCUGGGUUAACAGGAGCAUGAGCCAGAGGCUUAAAGCUUCACUCCAGUGCUAUCCUGUCCCUGCCAUCUUCCCACCUGCCAGGGACGGGUUCCUUCCCAUCCGACACACACAGACUUGUUUAGAUAGAGCAUGCCCCGCCCCCACCCUGCCUGGGCACUGGGUUCUGCUGUAGCGCGCAGGCAGGACUCAGGACAAGAGUCUGGUGGCUGGGGGAGGUGAGCCUGCAGCUGCCAGGUAUCGCGGGUAGGAAAUGCAGAGGCAGGCACAGCAAGGACCUUCGACGACAAACCACAAAAUACGAAUUGAGUCCUUUCAGUGAGUCUGCAUGUAAAGUAAAUGCUGUGAUAUUUGUAUGCUGCGAUAUAAAGAUUAAAUGGCAAAACUCCAUGCUAGUCAUUUAAAAUUUUAAUUUUUCCUUACUUCAAAAGACAGUAAACAGAAAAUUAAAAACCCAUGACGCUACAAAAGAGAUCAGAAAGUGUCAUUUUUUUUCCUGCUUGUUGGGCAAUGGGCCCUACAGCUUCACUUCUCCCUGGGCCCCGUAUUAUGUGCCUGACCGGCCAAUGGCAUCGCCAGGAUCCCCACCUUCCCAGCUCAGCAAGCCAGGCAGGAAGGCAUCUUCCCAACAGCUCCAACAGGAAGUACAACAGAGACCUCAUUGGCAGGCUUGGGCCACGUGCAGAGCUCUGGGCCAAUCAUAGCAAGGGGGGAGGCAGGAGCCCUCUGAUUGGUCAGGUCUGGGCACGUGGCCAUCCCUAAGCUUAGAGGCCUGGUCAACCCCACCUCCUCCCACUUCCCAUGGGUUCUGCAGGGAGGAGGGAUUCUGUUCCCACACAACCCUCUGCUUAGUUUGAAAAAUGAAAAACGUUCUGUUCCUGUCUCCUCGCCUCCUCUGUGGGGUGCUCCUGUCCUUCCUCCAAAUGCUGGGGAUCCAGGGCUCAGAACUGGCCCCCUUCUCCUGGUCCCCACCGUCCAGGGACAGCACCCCCCUAGUACCACCCCAGGGCCCAUCCUGCCUCAUCUCUGCUCUUGGGGUACCCACAGCUCAGAGCUGACCUGUCUGAAUCGAAGCCACGAAUGCCUUCUCUGCCUGCAGAAUCAAUCAAUAAAAGCAGCUGGUGGGUGAUCUCGCUCCCGGCACUUGAUGAUUUCAGUGGUAUAAAUCCUCCUGCCUUAGCCAGUUCAGAACCGCCAGGGUAGCCCGUGCUCUCCUCCUCGCCGGGGCCGGCUCAGCACACUCCAGCCUCCUCCUCGCGGCCCGCCCCGCACCAAGGCCUUGGCACCUGCGACCCCUUUCCGGGGACUGCUGGGACUCAGCUCUCCGCACACGAACACUGGUUGCUUGUGCGUAGGGGGGUCUCCUUCCACCUCUCGCCCUGAGGACCCUUGCCAAAUUGCACCCACUUGUUUUUCAGUUUCUCUCUCGCUGUUUGCCAGUGCGUUUGUCAUGCGACUCUCUUCUCACCGGCAGCCCUGGAAGACACGGUGCCUGCACACAGUAGACCUUCUGCAAACUUCUGUUGGUUGCAGGAAGCAUUUCCUGCAAGUUACCCGGACACUGGGAAGCUGGCUGCCUACAGAGCGUGGAUGGCCCAGAGGGAGAGGAGGAGGCUGAAGGUGUGGGCUUGUUUGCCAAUGUGAGCUCUUGGACUGUCCUGCCGCGGCAGGUGCCAGCCUUGGGUUAUCAAACGCAGGACAGCUUCGGCUCGGUCUCUGGCUUGCUGCUCCCCUUCUGCCCUUGAGAAUGUCUUGCCCGCUCGGCUUCUGAAGGCCAAGGCCACCCAAUGUACCUGCCCCCAUCCAGGUGCUACCCACACUUGGGAGUGAACCAGGGAACCACUGAGGGCCCCCAGGGACCUGACCAGCAUCACUUUUUCAGCUUUUUCACUUCCAUUCCUUUGUUCCUUCAUUCAUUCCUUGUUCCACAAAUAGCUUGUGGACAUCUGCAUUCUCUGGGCCAAUCACUGGGGACCUACACUGAUCCCGGACACUGGGAACUCAAUGGUGACCCAAAGAGGCCUACAUCCUGCUCUCAUGAGCUCUCUGGCACCAGAGUAAAAUCAGGUUGUGAAGGACCAGUGGAGGAACUGGAAGAUGGCAAAGUGGAGAACAGCUGGCGUGGGGAUGGCAUCCUUGGCAGAAACUCAGAGGAGACAGAGAGUCAUUGUACAGAGAUAGCAUCUGAACUGAGUCCCCAAAACCCAAGAGAGGCCUUGCUUGGCCUGGUGUCCUGCAGUCUGAGUUGAAGGAGCAACAGGUGCAAAGGCCCUGAGGCAACACCAAGCUUGACAUUUUGGUUGGUCAGGGAUAGAGCACUGCAAUGAGAAGUAAAAAGAUGGACCCAUGUGGUAGAGAUUCCCAUUUGCAAUGAGACCAUUAAGGAAUCUGACAGGAUCUACUGAGCAGCACAGGGCACAGCCCAGGCAAGGAAGACAGAGGGGAGUCAGGGCCCCAGAGAGAGGACAGCUGACAGUGACCAUGGUGCAGGGAAGAGAGAAGUGGUAACUGUGAAUUACAUAUAUUCCUCAUUUAAUCACCCACUUGUUUAACAAUGGUUUAGAUUUAUGACCUCCACUCAAACUUAUAACCAGUCCUUUUUGUUUGAUACAGUUCUGUACAUCUUGUCUAUCGAGCCUCAGCAUCUUGGAUGGUACACCGUUUGUACAGCACUUGUUAUAGUUUGCGUCUAGAUGUCCCCCAAAGCCUCAUACAGUUGUAGACUGGACUCUUUCAGAGGUGGCUGAAUCUAGAGUGUGGGAUUGGUUCAUGGUUCAAUGCUAGGAUUGAAAAAUGUGCUGGGUCAGUCCACUGAUUGGAUUGGUACCGCCCUAACCUGGGAAACCAGAUACAAUACAAAGAGCAGAAAGAGGCCUGCUCUUUUCUUGUUCUUUUUUUUUUUUUUUUUCUUUUUAUCGAUACCAAGGAUCAAACUCACGACUGCCUGCUUGCAAGGCAGGUGCUUAUGCCGCUGAGCUAAAUCCCCAGCCCCAUCUUUUCUUGUUUUUUUGCUGUCUUCCACUGCCAUGAACUGAUGCCUCUUUGCCAUGUGCCCCCCUGCCUUGGAGCCAGCUGAUGAUGGACUGAAACCUCUACAAACUGUGAGUUAAAUACAGCUUUCUUCCUUUAAUUUUGGGUGUCCAGCAAUGAGAAAAACUAACUAAAACAGAAUUUUGUACCAAAGGUGUGGGAUCAUUGCUGUGAUUGUUUCUGACCAUGUGGUUCAAGAGCCCUUGGGAAUGGCUUGUGGGAAGAGUUAGGAAAGGUUAGGAGAUGCUGGCUGAAAAAGCAGAGCUGGAAGGCCUUAGGCUGUUCUGCAUGGGAGAACUGAGGUGGUCAGAGCUCAGAAGACCAGAAGGCUGAAAGAAAUUCUACCAGUAAAGACCGGGCUCGGGAGUUUUCUUCUGGGAAGAAGGACUGCAUCAGCUGCUGAACUCCAGAUGAUAUAUGUUAUGGCUUGACAGAAAUUUCAUCUGCAUUUUGUUCAUGUCCAGAGACUCUGCCUGAGACUGAGAGUAAAGGCAGAGGACUAAUUAAUCUUACAGAAGAAAUUUCAAGGCAGUCUAAUUUUUUGUCUUUUUCGUUUUUUUUUUUUUUUUUAUCGGUACCAGGGAUCGAACUCACGACUGCCUGCUUGCAUGGCAGGCACUUAUGCCACUGAGCUAAAUCCCCAGCCCCAAGGCAGUCUAAUUUUGAGGUGGUGGCAUGGCUGCUGUUGGGAGCCUUUCUGUUGAGAUAUAUGUUGAGAUUCAAGAGCAAAAAGCCCAGCAGAAUGAUUUAAAAUGUUUUGAGUUCAGCCAAAAAGGAAGCUGCAGUAAAGUUGUGGACUGCAAAGAUAAAGCUGGGGAGACCUUGAUUACUGAGAAGGACAAGAGAAUAGAAGAGAUGGCCUGAGAGCAUCACAAGAAGCAGCAGGACCCCACUCUUCUCAGCCUCAGAACUACCAAAGUGAAAGAGAGGCCCAGAGCACCAUGGCCUAGAAUUUAUUCCUCAGGCUCAUGUGCCUAGUGCUCACUGACCCAGGCACCCCUUCUCUACAGCAAAGAGAUAGGGAAGCCUGGCUACUGCUCCAGCUGGCAGAGGACCGUGGCAUCAUCCAUGUGGUGCUGGUUUUAGGUGCAUGCAGAAUGCAAGAAUUGGGGGAUCAGGAAGUCUUCCACCCAGAUUUCAGAUGGCCUGGGAGGCAGGUCAGGCAUUGUGCACCUGAGAGGGCAGUGUCUGAAGCUGUGAGCGUAAAGCCAAAGGUGCUGUGGAGACCUCCUCAGACGUUUGGAGAAGCCAGGAAUGUGGACAUCUGAGGAAACCUGCAAGGAGGGAGUAGAGCAGGCCCAAGAGAGAAGCCAUGGGAACUACAAUCAGUAACAGAGCCAUAGGGGCAGAGCCACUGAAACCCUUUGGGGCUCACAUCUUGCCACAGAUCACCUCAGAGGCUGCACACGCAACUACACGGCUUAAUGUCUGCCCUGCUGGAUUUUGGACUUGCUUUGGUCCCAAUCCUUUGUGUCCCCAUUUGUAACUUUUGGAGUGCAAAUGUCUAUCUUGUACCACUGAAUGCUGAAAGCAUUUAACUUUCAUUUGUACAGGGGCUCACAGCUAAGAGUUUGCCUUAAGUGUCAGAGAUUUAGGGCUCGGACUUUUUGACCAUGCUGAAACUGUUAGGACUUACGCAACUCUUAGAGGUGGACUAAAUACCUUUUGCAUAAAAGAAUAUACAUGAAUCUUUUGGGGGUCUGGGGUGGAAUGUUAUGGUUUAUGUCUAGAUUUCCCCCAAAGCCUCAUACAGUUUUGGAUAGAGGCAGCUGAAUCUAGAGUGUGUGACUGAUUCGUAGUUCAGUGCUGGGAGUAAGGGUGCUGGGACUGCAGGUGGAUGAUUGCUGGAUCAGUCCACGACCCAGACUGGCCCCGCCCUAGUCCAGGAGACUGGAUAUAAGGAACAGAAAGAGGCUUGCCCCGUACCCUUUUCUCUCUGCUUGUGCUGUCUUCUGUGGCCACGAACUGUUGCCCUCUGCCAUGUGCCACCCUGCCUUGGAGCCAGCUGGUUAUAGACUGAAACCUCCACAAACUAUGAGCUAAAUAAAACGUUUUUCCCUUUAA